AUGCUUUUGCAGCUAAUCUCGCAUUUAAAAAAUAUGGCUGUUUGGUCAGCUUGAAAUUAUUUAAGUUCAACUGGAAAAUUUGAUCCAAAGCAUCAAUCAUAUGCUCAUCCCAUAGUCUCCUAUCUUAUUACAAUAACUAGCUGUUUUUUUCUCUUAUGAAAACUCAGCGAUGAAAAAGACACAAAGCCGACAUCUACACAAUUAAAACUGGGAAUCUUUUUAUUUAUAUAUGCUUUUAUUGUUUUUAUAUCCCGUUGGCGACAAGAUAGUAAUAGAUAAUUAGAGCAAAUCGCGAUAUAUGACAUGUUUUGGCAAUGCAAUGUCAGCUUAAUCAUUACUGCUUUAAGUUCAAUUUUAGGAAGAAUAGAUAUUAUGUGUGCUGGAGCUGCAGCAGUUGCGCUUGACCAAACGCUUUAUUGGCUAGAUGCUAUCAGCUUUUUACUGACUGGAAAAUUUAAAUUAGGAGUAGCUAGAUAUUUGACGUGGAAAGAAACGACAUGAACAAAAGUGCUGACUGCAACUCAUCAUUUAUGAUUUAUUCCUCUCACACUUUUAGCAGCAGAAGAAAUGCCUUGGAGGUCGUUUCCGAUGUCUGUAUGAAUGGUUAUAUUAGUCACAAAUAUGAGCAGACUUUGCAUCCCUUUCGAAAUUCCUUUUAAAACACAAAUGAAAUAUAUGAACGUAAAUUGUGUGCAUGAAUGCUGGAAAGAUAUAAAGUUCCCACUUUUUCACAUAUUUGACCAUAAGGGGUGGCUUGGAGCAUUUGUGCUGCUAAAUUUUAACUGGAAUGGUGGGAAUUUUGUUGGGUUUUUGAUUUAUAAGUUUAUUGCAGAUUUUGCUUAUGGAAGUUAA